ACUGCGGACACAGUACAGGAGAUGACCAGAGACUGCGGAGACAGUACAGGGGAUGACCAGAGACUGCGGACACAGCACAGGGGAUGACCAGAGACUGCGGACACAGCACAGGAGAUGACCAGAGACUGCGGACACAGUACAGGAGAUGGCCAGAGACUGCGGACACAGUACAGGAGAUGACCAGAGACUGCGGACACAGUACAGGAGAUGACCAGAGACUGCGGACACAGUACAGGAGAUGAACAGAGACUGCGGACAUAGUACAGGAGAUGACCAGAGACUGCAGAUCUUUCAAAUUCAGCAGAACACCGCUGGACUGAGGAACAGGUAGGACCGAGGAGCAGGUUCUUCUG